AACUAAUACACGAGAGUAUUUUCUUUCUUUAUUUUGCCUUCCCAAAACAAAGUUGCAGAGCAACAGAGAGAACCGGAGAUAACGAGGAUAAAUUUCGUGAGAUAUUUUCGCUUCAAAUUAGGAAAGGUUGUUGGAGGAAAAGGGAAUUAGGGGUUAUUCAUAGAAGAUUUAGUCUGGAAUUUUUGGAAAUAUUUAUGCAUCGCCGUAGGAUGAAAAUCUGAUGCAAACAAGAGUAUAUUGAGAAGGAAUGAAAGAAGAACAUCUAGCGGGAAUAAUCUCGGUCAAUUCUUUUCGAUUUUAACCAUAAAAUUUUCAUUCUGGGCGGGAUGAAAUCAAAAGAAAAUCCUUUUUCGCGCGAUUAUUCCCGCUUGGUGUUUUGGAGUAUCUAUAAAUUGAACCCUAAAAUAAGUCCAGGGAUGUUAAGAGAUACACCUUUUCUGGGGGAUUAUCAGUUCCGAGAUCAAAAACACCAAGGCAAAUCAUUUUUAUGCUUAUAUCAAUGGUUAAAUAACUUCCAAUCGAUCAUAAUAAGUUAUUCUUUUUUAUUUACAGAUUUACACAGUUCUUCGGAUUGAUUUGAGUUUUUCACUCUCCAGAGACUCAUUCAGGGUUCUUUAAUUUCUGAAGAUGGAAUCUGAGGAAGAGAUGGAAUAUCAGCAAAAUGGAGAGCAAGGAGAGCAUUUCAAUUCCGAAACUACUGUUGUUGUCCUUCGAGAGAAAAAGCUGCGAGGUGAUACCACUUUUGCAUCUUUCAUUGGAAAGAAAAAAGAGGAGAAAGGGAAAUGGUUGAUUGGGAUAUGAAUAAAGAUAGACCUUGUGGAAAAAACCAAGCGAAAUAUUCCGGUGUCAUUGUUUUGUUGCUCAAACAAUCUCGCCGUUGGAACUGGGAAAACCCUUGGAAUUUGCAAGAUGACAACGCUAAGGAUUGGUUGUGGGCCGAACUUAAGGAUUUGUUUGCUGUUGAUGAAUGUCAUAAACAAGGUACCCUGUCUAUUGUUGGUGGAAUAUUUAAAGACAAGAAGGGUAAAUGGAAAAGAAAACACUAUAAGCUCACAAAUACACAUGCAAUGAAUCUUAAAGAUAAACCCAAUCCGUUAACCGAAGGGCAGUGGAAGUCUCUUGUAAAACUUUGGGAUAGUGAAGCGCAUCAAACACUAUCCAAGAAAAAUGCCAUUAGUAGAAGCCAACAAAAAACGAAGCACACAAUGGGCAGGAAAAACUACUCUCGAUGCGAAGCUGAAAUGGCUCAAGAGAAUGGAGGGAACCCACCAACUGAUGGUGACGUGUUCAUUAAAACCCAUAUAAAUAAAGUCAGUGGAAAAGCUUUGGACCCAUUUUCACAAGGAUACAUUGCCCAAUUGAGGGAACAAUCCGGGUUGGAUGAGAAUGGGUUGGAUGAAGAUGGUAAUCAACAGUCAAUCAGUAAUGAAGUCUAUGCAAAUGUAGUACCUACAAAAAGACAUAAACGUAUAAGAGCUCAAAGAUACCAUCUGGAAUACUCGAGAAAUGAGGAUUUUGAGAGAGAAAAGGAAGAGCGAGAAGAAGAAUUUAAGAGGCAAAUGAAAGAACGAGAUGCAGAAUGGGAGAGGCGAAUGGAAGCGCAAAAUGAUCAGUAUAACGUGCGUCAGAACCAAAUGAUGGAGUAUGUCAGAUUGUGCAGGCCAGACCUAUUUACGAGAUCGGGGCAACUCUCAGGAUCUUCACAUCACCUCUUCAGAACUGGGGAGCAUCAUCACAGACCUUGGGAGCAACUAUCUAUACACGGGCCGACGCCUUUCAUACCUUUGGAGCAGCGCCGAAGACCUUGCGAGCAGCCUGGCAUACCAGAGGAGCAACUUUUUGGACCUUCCCCGCGUUACAGGUCUGGGGAGCAGCCCAGCAGACACGGGCCGACGAAUUUCAUACCUUUGGAGCAGCGCCAAAGACCUGUAGAGCAUCCUGGCAGACCAGAGGAACAACUUUUUGGACAUGCAGAGCCGCUUUACAGGUCUGGGGAGCAUCCCAACAGACACGGGGCGACGACUUUCAUACCAUUGGAGCAGCGCCAAAGGCCUGGGGAGCAGCCUGGCAGAACUGAGGAGCUACUCUUUGGACCUGCGGAGCCGCUUUACAUAUCCAGGGACCAACUCAACAGACCUCAAAAUGAUUGCAAGUCUCACUUCCUUGAUAAUAAAGGUACGCAGGGAACAGGAACAGACGUCUGGGAUUGGAUAUCUAGGCCGUCUGAGAGUUGAUUUAACAUGGACUAGGCCGAGUUUGAAUUAUUAGGUUUCUUUAGUUUUGAUUGUGUAAUUUUUUUUAUUUCCUUAUGGUUAAGUGGGAUUCUCUAUGCCUCGGGACAACUACUUUUAUUUAUUGGAACUUACAUUCUUUAUUUGGAUUCACUUUUUGUUAAUGUUUUACUGUUUUUUGUUACCCUCCAUAAUUUAAAACAUAAUA